UUGGUAAAAUAAAAACAUUAAAAAUUUGCAGUUAUGUCUAAAGAAGAAUUGUUUUCAUUCGAUUUCGAUCUCAAAGGUCAAUUUCCAAAGGAGGCGAUAACCAAAUUUCUGGAAACACAAGUCAAUGUUCUUGGUCUACGCGGAUGGGCGAAAGAAGUCAAGCCAGGACAAAUUAAAGGGCACCUUGAGGGCGUCUUGCCAAAGUUGGACAAGUUUAAGAAAGUCAUAGAGGCAGCAGAGACAUUUGCAGUGCAACUAUCGGAAACAGUGUUUAGCGAAAUGAAGAAGAUUGAAAAAUACACGGCAGAAGCUUUCGAAAUUAAGAAGUAGUCUAAAAAGAGCGGGAAUAUUUAAAAAUUUUAAUUAAAAGCAGUUGCCAUCUGCAGAUUUGAAAUUGAUUUUCUUAAGCUGUACCAAGAAUACAACCAUUCAGAGGAAAUAAAUUAGAAA